AUGACUUCUACUGAAUCCUCUGCAAAGCCGACCCUCGAGGAAGCUUCAAUCCCAGUGCAAUCCAGAAGACCAACUCCUAAGCACAAUUUUGAAGGACACGAGAAGGAGAUUUGGGGUUUCGUUUUCCUGCACGACAAUGUCCACAUUGUGAGUGGUUCAGUGGACGGCACUAUGCACAAAUGGAACUGCGACACGGGACUUACUGUCGGGGAACCGUGGAAAGGUGAGGGAGGAGGCAUAUAUCCGCUAGCACUUUCACCAGACGGGAAGAUAAUUGCCUGUGGGAGAGAGGACGGAAGCGUUCAGCGGUGGACUACCGAUGGGGAGAUGAUGGAAGGCAUUUGGACGGGCCAAAGCAAGGCAGUGUGGUCGUUUUCGUGGUCACCCAGCGGAAGUCAUAUUGCCAGCGGGUCCGAAGAUGGAACAAUCCUCAUUCGAAGAGCAGAAAGUGGAAAAGUCGUGGUGGGCCCGAUCAAGACGAAGCAGGAGGGGGUGGAAGCUCUUGCAUAUUCACCUUCGGGUGACAGAAUCGCAUCAGGCGGGUUCAAUACAAUUUGUGUCUGGGACACGAAGACCGGCCAGCCUGUCGUUGGCCCUAUCAGCCUGGGGCUCUCUGUGACAUCGUUGGUGUGGUCGUCCGACAGCACCAAACUCUAUUCCGCAUCCGACAAAUUUGCACGUGUCUUUGACAGUAAAUCGGGCAAACUACUCCAUCGCUUCAAGCACGACCACGUCUUGUAUUCGAUCGCACUCUCUCCCAAACACAAUGUACUGGCAUGUGUCGGCCACCAAGGUGUUGCACAGCUAUGGGAUACAGAGUCCCAUCAGCGACUCGGCCAGCCAUUUCACCAGAUUUACGACACCCUUUACUAUGUGUCGUUCUCUCGAGACGGGAGAUACGUAGCAUAUGGCGGAGACAACAAGAAACUCACUUUAUGGGUGCUCAAAGACAUGGCUCCUCAGCUUCCAGCACCUACACCAGUUCAACAACGCGAUAGCCAAAGCACACAACAGGAAACUCGGUCCAACUCCUCAUCAUUAUCAUGCCUCGAUGCUGAUGCUACUGGGGGUGAUGGCUUCAUUGACGGGGUGCACGAUGAUCUAUACGACAAUUUCUUCCAGUCUUCGCAGCAAUCUCUUCCAUCGCCAUCACCAUCACCUGGCUACCGUCUCCCCCCUUGGUUGUCGGUUCGCUGCCUCUGGAAUGUCGUUUCUCGACAUCGCCCACCGCCAGACGAGUCUAUUCCACAAGAACGCUCAAGACGCAAGUUCUUUGCUCGUCGUGCUCGCUCAGGCUCACCACUAGAGCAUACAACUAUCAAAUCCAACCAACCCGUACCGGAGGAGAAAGUGCGAGAAGGGGAAGGCGAGCAAGGUGUCGAUGUUGAUGAUCGCGGUUCUCGAAAUGAUCCACUCAGUGCCAGAAAGGAUAAAGGCAAACAGCAAGAUGAUGCUCCCGCUGACGCGCAGAGCCUACCAUCUGAUGAUCGUGCUCCCCCCGCCCCCCUCGUUAGCCAAAAUAAUCGAAACUUUUGGGAACGACUAAUACAUCCUCGGGGGAAAUUUUUCACAUUUGGUUUACCGUAUCCUCAACUUGAAAAUACACCCCAACGCAGAAUACCGCAUGAUCCCUGGCGCUGGAAUUUUAGCUUAAUUCCAGCAGGAUCUUCUAGAUGUUCCGAUGAUAUUGCUGCUUGCCGCGAUGAAGAUAGAUAUGGCAUUACCCCUGAAACUGACGAGGAGGCGGCUGCAGCCAUGCUACGCAAUAAUGACGAUGUGGCCGACAGCUCAACGCGACCAGGUCGACGUGCAGUGGUGGCACAGCCCACACAAAUACAAGACUCGACAAGCGGUUCAGAUGAAAUUGUAGUAAGCUGCUGUGGAUUUGUCAUUAGCCGUCGUUGUUGUUCCAACUCGCAUCAGCCAUAA